UGUUUGUUUGCAUGCAUUCGAUACACUGGGCAUGUCCCUUCUGGCAUAGCUACAGGAUGGUAUAAAUGUGUCUUGUGCAAUAAUAUAUACAUAGUUCAUUGUAAGUUUUGUGAAGUAGUCUAACAAAAUAAACACUAUACAUUGGAUAGUGGAUAGAUAUCUCAGGCCACAUAGAAUAAUAGCUUAUAACUCUGAUACUGAAUGAUGGCAACUUUACAACAAGUGGAUGAUUUUUCGAUGCUAAAGAAACACCUGAAGCUCCCAAACCUUGAAGAAAUCCUUCUUGAGAGCAAGUCACUGAAUAUUUUAGUGCUAGGUGACUUACAAGAUAGUGAUGUUGUUGAUAGUCUUACUGGGAUAAAGUGGAGUUUUUCAAAAGAAGUUAACAGAAGUACCAUCACUACUGACAAUGGUGCCAAGGAAAUUGUUGUGUAUAGAGCAAAGAAAGAAGGAAUAGAUGUCACUGUCUGGAACGCACCUAGCUUGUCUUUUCAUCAAGAAGGCUAUGUUCAGGAAAUCAAAAAGAUACUUGAAACUGUGGACCUGAAAUUGUUGUAUCUUGAUGAGUGUAUGGACGAAGAUAUUGUUAAACAUGUCACGGGUGCGUUUGGGAUUAAGUUUUUGAGCAAUAUUUUGAUUGUUGCUCCAAGUUCUGUCUUUGGGAAUUUGUAUCAAGCAAUAGAGAGGCAGAUUGAUUCGAAAUUUAGAUUUCUUAACCUCUACAAAACUGCUUUAUUUGAAACAGCUAAUAUCAUUAUCUUUCACCCUGAAGUACAUUUUUCUUACGACCGCUGGCAAUCUGAAUUCUUUUUUGACUGUGUCCGUCAUCUCUGUUCACAAAACACUAAAGGAACUUUUCUGAAAAUCAACCUGAAAAGAUUUAAGCACAUUUUAGAGGGUGCCACAGUAUCGAAUGUACCAUAUCCAGUCGAAGAGCAACCACUUACAUUCACAGUGUUUAAAGAAUCAUCUAUUCCGAGUAUUUGUGUUCAAUGUUUAGCAGCCAAAUAUGAUGGUUUACUUUUAAAGCGGAGAAGACUAUUAGCAACCGAGCUACAACUAGUUGAAGAUUGUUCAAUAGACGAGGAUGAUGAUUUACUAUUAGCGACUGAGCCACAGCCGCCACCACCAGAAGAAGCCGAGGAUAAAUCAGAGCCUGUUCAAGAGCUCACACAUUUUUACACAGGCACCCACGAUCUUCAGUUCGGUGCACACGGUGGGGGAGCUCAAGCCACACCCAGUGCGGAACCCCCUACAUCAAACCAACAAUAAUCGUGUGGAAACUAUACAUUAACUUCCUCAGUGUUACUAAUUAUUGUAUAAUUGUCAAAACUUGUUUUGUGUUUGGUUAUAUAUAUAUAUCAUAAUUAUAGUCACUAUGAGGAGUAACCUUAAUUAUUAAUAAUGUACGUGACAUAAUAAUUUCGUGGGUAUUAAUUUUUGCGAUUUCUGUGAAUGAAAGUACAAUGUCUCUAAAUG